ACGUCAUUUUACUGCGUCUACAGUAAAUUUGUUUGGAGAGAGAAAAUGGCGUCAGAAUCAGCGGAAACGUUAGCCGAACAAGACACAGAACUGGACGAGUUAUUGGACAGUGCACUCGAUGACUUUGAAAAGACAAACCCGGCCCCCCCAGCCCCAGUUCCUGCUGCUGCCGCGGCUCCCCCAUCAGCCAAGGGCAGUGAGGAGAAACCCCCUCUACUGGAAGACAGUCAGUUCUUUGAGGCUCUGUUUGAAGGGGAGAUGGCCUCUCAGGCGAAGGAGGAGUGGGAGAAAGCCAUGACUGAACUCGCACAGGAAGAACCUGAGCUGCUGCAACACUUUCACAAAUUGUCAGAGGCAGCAGGGAAAGUUGGUACUGAUGUAGCCUCCCAACAGGAAUUCACUUCCUGUCUCAAAGAUACCCUCAGUGGAUUGGCGAAAAAUGCAGACAACUUACAGAGUGCAGGUUUGGCUGGAGAGGAUCUAGCAAAGACUCUGGAAGGGCUGGGAUUGGAUGAGGGUGGACAGGGGGGUGGGGAAGAUGGAAACAUCUUGCCGAUUAUGCAGUCCAUCAUGCAGAAUCUACUCUCCAAGGAAGUGCUCUACCCAUCUCUCAAAGAGAUCACUGAGAAGUAUCCUGAGUGGCUGAACAGCAAUCGUCAGUUCCUCCCGCCAGAUCAGUUCCAGCGCUACGAACAGCAGCACAAGGUCAUGGGAGAGAUCUGCAGCCAGUUUGAGAUGGAGGGAGAGCGAAGUGGAAGGGAUGGGGAGAAUCGCUUUGAGAGCAUUCUGGAACUCAUGCAGCAGCUACAAGACCUGGGCCAACCACCCAAAGAGCUGGCUGGUGAAUCGCCACCUGGCCUGAACUUUGACCUGGAAUCCCUGAAUCUCCCAGGAGCCUCUGGGGCUGGAGCAGCAGAGCAGUGCUCAGUCAUGUGAUGUCAGAGCAGCCAGAUCAAUGGAUGCACAGGCUAGGAGCUGUGUGCGAGGGGGGGAUGAUGAGAGAGGACGAUCGAUCACAAGACGAGGAGAACGACUGUUUGCACUGCUCACCUCACAACAGAUGUUUCUGUGUCUAAAUAGAAGGCACAGUCAAGGGUGGCACAACAAACCAAUGUUACCAUCCUUCGGUAACUCACUGAGCAUCACUUCACUGAUUUUAAAUUAAUUGCUUUGGUUUUUCAUAAGCUCUUCCAAGUCAUACAUAGUACAGGUAGUAGCAUACCCACACACACAGCUCAACUGACUAGCACUUGACUUAUGAGUCCGUUUUUACAUUCACCAUUGUUUAGCCUCAUGGUAGAACUGGUUGAACUGCCCUAUUGGUUAAAAUGGUGCCUUGCAUUAUUGUUAGAAACCUUACAGCAAGGAUAAUAGGAUUCUCUGUUGUGAGAGUUGCUGAGUGAUGAUUGAGUUGUUUCAUAGCUACAAUAUCGAUUAGGUUGUUUCUGACCACUAGUUUAGAAUGAUAAAUUUAGCCAUUUUCAUCAUUAACUGUUAAUGUAACAGAUGUGUGUAGAUUAAUAUUGUUGGUUGCUUAACCAGUGUACAUUUGUGAAUUAUUUAAAGAAAAUCGAGGAGUUAAACUUACCUCGUUCUAAUUUCAUAAUCAUAAGACAGCUAACUGAUUUUUAGAGACCGACUACCUUGGUUAGUUACACAGUAUCUUCCCAAAAGCUGCUAUGUUGUACCAGAGACUGUAGAUGGCUGUGCACUUGAUUUGACCUCUAGUUUGCUUGACGUCGGUUCAAACAUUGUUACAUCCACAAGAUGUAAGAACCAGUCCUGUGGCCAAUUAUGAAAUAUGUUUAUAACUGACAUUAUUCAAGUUUUUAACAGGUUAGCGAGGUUGGUCCUCUGGUUUGCGCAUUGUAGCUCGGUGGGGCUAGAGCCAAAGUCGGUCAGUAACCAUCGGGAUUAAGACGGUCCCCUGAAUCCCAGGGCGUCUGUCCAGUAGUGGGACUCUUUUGUGACUGUGGUUAUAACCCUCUUAGCUUUUUAUGCACUACAAGUUAUGGAAAAAAGGUUUCUGACACCGUGACCACAAUGUCGAAGUUGGAUUUGGGCCAUAAUGAGAAAAUACUGUUUCGCAUGAUUAUAUCGAAACCAGUACCACUACUGGUAUGUGACCCUGCUGUUUUUCUUGUGAUCAAAAUCAAAAUGAUACAAAUAUAUAGCAUUUAUUUAAGGGACAGACACAAGUAGUAAAACAGUUCAAAUAAUCUUUACAAGUGUUGAAGUGAUGUGCAGUAAUGACUUUUCCCAGUGGCCUUUGCUGUGGGCACAGUGAUUAGUAGAGUUAAAAUUACUGUGAAUUACCCCUCAUGUUUGACAGUGGUCUGCUGUUCCUUUGGAGUGAGUGGAGUGGAGUGACAUUCUUGAUAUUUCAUAUGCCAACAUAUGCAUUGACUGAAUCUUGGGGAGUACCGCUGUAGUUAGUAAUGAUUUUCAUUAGUCAAAUUGGGUGCUACUUCAUUAGGCUACAGUAUGUACUCUUUCAUACCCUACAUCCAGACAUGUUCUGGUUGUGUAAUUUAUUGGCAACUGGCAUCUAGAGCAGUCACCUUAUCACCUCAAACAUUGGGAUUUACUUCACUUGUGGUAAACAUACAGUACCAGCCAAAAGUUUGGACACACCUACUCAUUCAAGGGUUUUUCUUUAUUUUUACUAUUUUCUACAUUGUAGAAUAAUAGUGAAGACAUCAAAACUAACCAAAAAAGUGUUAAACAAAUCAAAAUAUAUUUGAGAUACUUCAAAUAGCCACCCUUUGCCUUGAUAACAACUUUGCACACUUGGCAUUCUCUCAACCAGCUUCACCUGGAAUGCUUUUCCAACAGUCUGAUGAGCACUUGUUGGCUACUUUUCCUUCAAUCUGUAGUCUAAUUCAUCCCAAACCAUCUCUAUUGGGUUGAGGUCAGGUGAUUGUGGAGGCCAGGUCAUCUGAUGCAGCACUCCAUCACUCUCCUUCUUGCUCAAAUAACCCUUACACAGCCUGGAGGUGUGUUGGGUCACUGUCCUGUUGAAAAACAUGAUAGUCCCACUAAGCGCAAACCAGAUGUGAUGGCGUAUCGCUGGAUAAUGCUGUUGUAGCCAUGCUGGUUAAGUGUGCCUUGAGUUCUAAAUAAAUCACUGACAGCGUCACCAGCAAAGCACCAUAACACCUCCUCCUCCAUGCUUCACGGUGGGAACCACACAUGCGGAGAUCAUCUGUUCAACUACUCUGCGUCUCACAAAGACAUGGUGGUUGGAUCCAAAAAAUCUCAUAUUUGGAAUCCAGACCAAAGGACAAAUUUCCACUGGUCUAAUGUCAAUUGCUCGUGUUUCUUGGCCAAAGCCAGUUAUCUUCUAAUUGGUGUCCUUUAGUAGUGGGUUCUUUGCAGCAAUAUCGACCAUGAAGGCCUGAUUCACGCAGUCUCCUCUGAACAGUUGAUGUUGAGAUGUCUGUUGUUUGAACUCUGAAGAAUUUAUUUGUCAUUUCUGAGGCUGGUAACUAAUGAACUUAUCCUCUGCAGCAGAGGUAACUCUUGGUCUUCUUUCCUGUGGCGGUCCUCAUGAGAGCCAGUUUCAUCAUAGUGCUUGAUUUUUUUUGCAACUGCACUUGAAUAAACUUUUUCAAAGUUCUUGAAAUUUUCCGGAUUGACCGACCAUAUCUUAAAGUAAUGAUGGACUGUUGUUUAUUUUAAUUUUUUUUUCUUCUAUGAGGUUUAACGGCGGUUGGCAUCCAAUUUGUUGCAUUACUGCCACCUACUAGACUGGAGUACCUUAUACUUUACUUGAACAAGAAAAAUUGACUAAACAAAUACCCUACCAUCUAACACUAUACUCACUAAUUUCAAAAUUAUAUAAAAUAAAAUUAACAACCCCCCCCUACUCCACUAAUUAAAUGUAUUUAUUCCUACCUUAUGCCAUCACCCUGAAAGGAUGGGACAUCGCCACAUAACACAUCCUGUAACUAAGUCUCGUACACCCAAAUACCUCUCUGCAGAUGCCACCACAACCUCAAUUUUCUGAGACUUCCAAUCCAUCCCUGCAGUACAAUUAAUAACCAUUGCUAUAAAUGCUAAAAAAACAAUCUUACUGAAACUUAUUUUACUUUUUGGCCUAUCCCUCUGUACUGGUAUAUCUCUACUACUCUCACCACUCCUCCCCCUUAACCUAUGUUCCUCUACUUUCUUCACUGCCUCAGCAUAUGAUAACUUCUGCACUACUCUAACCCUGGAAACCUCAACCUGCCUCUCUUGCAGGUUUCUGAUCCCCAGCUCCAUGGGCACCCCUACAAUUAACACAUUCCACUACUUUCCCCAAUACUACAAAUUCCUUUGUCUCAUGCCCUUCUGCACAUUUCAAACACCUUGGACCCUCCCUCCAACACACUGCUGCCACAUGCCCAUAAGCUUGACACCUGUAACAUCUUCAUAUAUUCAGCACAUACGCUUGUACAGGAUAACUUAUAUAUCCUAACUUCACAUUGUCAGGCAAAGACUUAUCUUCAAAACUCAAAAGAACAAUGACUCUUCUGUUUCCCCACUCGCCACCCUGUCUGCAUCGCAUCAAACAACGAGCAUCACAUACACCAGGAAACUUUCCCCUCAGCUGGUCAACGUUUAUAUCUACUGCUACCCCAGUUAUCACUCCAUUCAUUGGUGCCCUUUUCUUGAGAGCGAAACAAUUCACUUUUCUUGCCCCCAUUCAUUUUCCCUCGAGCGCAUUCUUCCUCUGCCCAACAGAAACACAAACAAUUAUCACUAGACCACUUCUAGUUACCCUCACCGAUUCCACAUGUCCCAACUCUUUUUUUCACCCACCGUGAAUCCACAAAUGGAUCGGCCAAAAGGCAAGAGUCCACUUUUUCCAUAAACUUCACUCCUACUGUCACGGACUCUUGUUCAUCCUGAUCCUCGGUGCAUACCUCGGUCUCCGAUAACUUUACCGCACCUACCACCUCCGAUACUUCACCCUCAUUCACUUCCAUUUUUCCUCCUGUCUUCAGCUCCCUCUGCUUACACUUUCUACCAUUCCUCUGACAACCCAUCUUCCUUUUCCCACCAUUUUUAUCUGACUCAAGCUCACCCUCUUCUCCCUCUUUUUCCCUCCAUUCCUUCUCCGUUUUCCAAGUACACAUCUCCUUAUGAUAAUACUGCCGCUCCACCCCUGACACUCAUCUUGUACUUGCUUUCUCUAGGGACUCCAUUUUCCCCUUCCGGAGUUCUGCUCAUGUCCCCAAUAACGUGCCUACAACAGCGCAGCUGCUUUUUGCGUAUUCUUGCCAUAAUAUGGAUUUAGUCUUUUACCAUCUAGGGCUACUGAUUGGCCUCAAAUGCAUUAAAAAGAUAAGAAAUUCUAAAAAUGAACUUAACAAGGCACACCUGUUAAUUGAAAUGCAUUCCAGGUGACUAACUCAUGAAGCUGAUCGAGAGAAUGCCAAGAGUGUACAAAGCUGUCAUCAAGGCAAAGGGAGGCUACUUUGAAGAAUAUCAAAUAUAUUUUGAUUUGUUUAACACUUAUUUAGUUACUACAUGAUUCCAUAUGUGUUAUUUCAUAGUUUUGAUGUCUUCAAAUAGUAAAAAUAAAGAAAAUCCUUGAAUGAGUAGGUGUGUCCAAACCUUUGACUGGUACUGCAUAUCAGGCUGAUAGACUCGUGAAACAGCAGAUAAGAGGAGUGUGAUAGAAAUAGCGGAGAACGUAUAGGCUUACCAUUGACAUAUGUCAGUAAUGGCUGUGAAGAGGAGAUGAAGGUAGCCUAUGUAUUGUCAGAGUUACUGCCGCAUGUUACAGCAAAAGGAAAAUGAUCAGUCCAUGUAACUGUCGGAGCUGAUAGCCUCUGCUCUCAGGACUGGUGUCGUUCAACCAAUUAAUUCUACUCGAUUAGCUACAUGUCUCUUUCCACUGUCAUUAAAUUAUCAGCCUGAAUAUAUUGUAUGAAUCAACUAUGUGGAAUAUGUAGGCCUAUUAAGAAAUAAAUUAACAAUGUUUAUGAAAUAAACAAACUCA